UGUACAAAUUGUAUUUUUUCACGCCUGAGAACCAAUGUGUACAUUUUCGUGUUCGAUGAUAGUAAUGUUUACUUGAUGUAUCGUCUGCAAACUAACACCCUCACAAUUUGACAGCUAUGGAUCUUCAUAAGCAUAUCAGCCUGAUCGUUCAGUGUCACCGUUUCGCAAAAUGAUGGUGCAUAUUUGAGAAAGGGUGUCAAAUUGGGAGGUGAAAUGGUUUCAUACUGAAGACAUCAUGACAGUGUAAGCACUAUGUGCACGUCCUUAUUGUCGGAUCUACACACCUUUUACCGAAUGUCGAGCUACCAAGGUCUUUGGAGACAAGUGUUUCUUUUGGGUUUCAUCUUCAACAAUGUAUUUCAUUGUGUAACAUCUUCUCAAGAAGGGCGUCUAAACCGCAGCUGCCUUUCCAGUUAUGUAAACAACUUGAUAGAUGAAUUGAAAUGGACGUCCGUAGCGGUAAUUCAAGAACACAACGAAGAAUCUCUUUUACUGAACACUACAAAGCAACUGGUCUACAACAUACAUGAUGUAAACAGUAAUUCCCUGAAGGACAUCUACACGAUAAUGUUUCCUGCCGUAAAUGUGAUCAUGGCACUGAACAAAACACUAACCCAACAGCUCUUGAUGAAGAUAGACAACUUUGACUCCCAUUCAAACCGCACAACAAAUUUUCAACAUCACUCAUAUCUCAUCAUUCUGACAAAGAGUCAGUCGUUGCUACAUGAUGCGUUAAUGAUCCGCCACCUUGAGAACGUUGCAGUGAUUAUCCAAGAUGAUGUAUCCUGUCCCAACUCCCCUAACACCUGCAAGGAGACACACAUGUACACCCUGCACAAUGCACGAGGCGGGAGGGAGUUCGUCCCUGUGUCUGACAGACGGGCCACAAGAGCAACUCCCUUGGCAAGAUUCUACCCUAACACCCAGUAUGGCUACAACAACCGGAGACUGCUGGUCACCACGCUUGCGGCUCCCGUGUAUGUCUAUAAGCGAAUCACCAACGGCACAGCGGAGUAUACUGGCUACGUGUUUGAUAUCUUGGAUAUACUCUCAGCGAAGCUUAACUUCAGUUAUGAUGUUACACAGCCAGCAGAUAAAAAGUGGGGCGUACUGGAAAAUGGUCAAUGGAACGGUAUGGUGGGCCAGUUGAGCAGAAGGGAGGUGGAUAUUGCCUCGGCCGACAUAUCUGUGCAUCAUGGAAGAUCCCAGGUCGUUGACUACAUCUACCCGUCGUUUAAGUCCGACAGGCUGGACAUUAUAUAUAGGAAGAGAACCGAUUCUACCGGACAUUUGUUCUUCGUUGCCAAACCCAUACAUCCAGGCGUUUAUCUUAUAUACGUUGGUGUAAUAGUGGGGCUGUUAAUGUUAUUCUUCUUGGUAGAACACCACUGUUUUAUCGAAAAUGAACCAAUGUGUGGAUCGACGCAAGCUGUUUGUCGGCAGGUUGCAGAGAUCGCCUGGGAAUUUGUUGGUUCUGUUUUCAGACAAGGAUUCCAAACACAACCAAGACGAAAUGCCUCCCGGAUUCUCCUCGCCUCAUCCUGGUUGUUAACAAUUGUUAUAACGACCAUAUAUAGCGCCAACCUCAUGGCUGCCCUAACAGCAGGUACAGAGACUGUACGGAUAUCCAGCAUCAACGACCUUGUCGACAGCAACUACAGCACCGGCAUGUUUGUUUCCGGUACACCAUACGAUGUCCUUCGGUCUUCAGAGAAACCAGUCUUACGGCGGCUUUACGACAAGAUGCUGAGAUUAAGUAAGCAGGAUGCUGGCAUUUUCAGCAGUGACGAGGACUCCCAUAUGGCACGUGUCAUGAAGGGGGAACAUUCUUUUCUCAUAUACAAGUCCAGCGCCGAGGUAUACAUGGCUAAUGACUGCCUCCUUGGGCUUAUUGGAGAACCUGUAAGUUCGGAGUAUGAGGAGAUUACCUUUGGAGUAGUGAAGGGAUCCUCUCUGAAGUCCGACUUUGAUGGCAUUAUUUACUCGCUGAAAGAGAGCGGAAUGCUGAAUGCUUUGUGGAAGAAGUGGACUACUGGUAGCAAUAACGGGCAAUGUGGAGUGGACAGAAGAGGCAAGCCCAUUACACUGAGGGAGAUAGAAGGUGUCUUGUUGGUGGCAGGUGGAGGACUAGGGCUAUCGUUGUUAGCCAUACUUGUUGAACUGUGUGCACGGCAUCUUCGCCGGGCUCCUCUCUUUUAAGUUUAUUUAUUUGUUGUGUAAAGUUUUUUAUGUGUAAACGCUGACCUGUCUGACAUAGCUAGAGAGUAUUUGGUAAUGCAUCAGUGGUUAUCCGGCUUUUGUCUGUAUCCAACAUGGAGAAAGUGAGUUUAGUUUUACGCCGCAUUCAACAAUAUUACAGCCAUAUGGCG